AUGGUUAAACACACUGUCAUUGCUCGAAUCUCGGAUGGUCUUCCAUUAGCAGCUUCUGUGGAUGACGAUCAGAAUGUGGAGGCUGAGCUUGCAGAUUACAAAAACAAGGCGAAACUUCUCUUCAAAAAAAUGAAUGAAAAUUCCGAAGAGAGGUGUUCUAUUGAAUCCGGAAGUUAUUUUUUCCAUUAUUUAAUUCAAAAUGGAGUAUGCUACAUGACAAUUUGUGAACGAUCGUAUCCUCGUCAAUUCGCGUUUAGUUAUUUAGAAGAACUUGCAAAAGAAUUUUCAAUGAGUUACGGGAAUGAAGUUGAAAAACGAACUUUGAGGCCAUAUGCAUUUGUUAAAUUUGAUACUUUUAUGCAAAAGACCAAAAAGGUAUAUCAAAAUACACGAACACAAACCAACCUUGAUCGAUUAAAUACUGAAUUAAAUGAAGUAGCCAAUAUUAUGACCAAAAAUUUGGAAAAUGUUUUGUGGCGAGGAGAAGGAUUGGAAAAGAUGAGUUCUUUAUCUGAUCAACUUCGUUAUGAAUCUCAGAAAUAUAAAAAAUCUGCAAGAGAUCUUAAUUGGCAACUUUUCCGUCGUAAAUAUGGACCUAUAAUACAGCAGCAACUUGUAGAGAUAUUUUUCUUUUAA